UUAAAAAUAAAAAUAAAAAUAAACUUUUCGCAGGAGGCGUUCCUUCCUUUUGUCGUAGAAGAAGACCAAUGUUUCGGAAGUAUUUUUGGCUGGUCAGUUUGGUGUCAUCUGCUGCAUAAUUUGGGUGUGAUGCGUGCUGCUUUGAAAUGGGUGCUGUGGGACGUCAAGGACACUCUGCUAAAGGUGCGUUUUUCAGUGGGAGAGCAGUACUGCAGAGAGGCUGAGAGAAUAGGCCUCAAUCUCAAGCCUGUGGAGGUCAACUCUGCUUUUCGUCAGACAUAUAAAAGUUACUCAAGCAGAUAUCCCAACUAUGGCAUUGCUCAAGGUCUGAAUGGACACAGUUGGUGGACCGGUGUGGUGCAAGACACUUUUUCUUUAUGUGGGGUUCAAGAUCCUGCACUUCUUCAGACAGUAUCACACAAUCUCUAUCACAACUUCUGCAAUGCUCAGAACUGGGAGGUGUUUGACGAUUCCAAAAAGGUUCUGGAGGCUUGCUCUUCCCUUGGGCUGAAGCAGGGUGUAGUGUCCAACUUUGAUAAGCGCUUGGAAGCCAUUUUGAAAUCAUGUGAUCUGUUGUCACACUUCAGUUUUCUGAUGACCUCAGAGGCGGCUGGUGUAGCCAAACCUAGUUCUCUCAUUUUUGAACAGGCUCUGCAUAACUGUGAGGUCUCUGCUACACAAGUGGCUCAUGUUGGAGACCAUUACAUCAAUGAUUACCUUGCCUCUCGUUCUAUUGGCAUCCAUGGCUUUCUUUUAGACAGAGACAACAAAUACAAUCAGUCUGGCAUUGUUCCUAAAGAACACUGUCUCAACUCUUUAGAAGAGCUGCCAUCACGACUGCAGGAGCAGAUGGACUGAGGCUGAGAGUUAGGUGUUCAGAAAUGAACAGUGAUGAAGUUUAGUCAGACAUUUUCAGGCUGGCUUAACAAAGAAAUUCAAGACAUUUA